GGCCUGAUCAGGUGUAUAUAAGCCCAGGUGAGCCAUCCAUGGUAGACUAUUACCUGUCUAGUCCCAGCACAGAGCCACUACCAUGAAGAUGAGAUUCCUGCUGAUGCUCCUUCUCCUCGGCCUGAUCGGGGCGGUGGUGGAGACCCAGGCGGAGGAAAAGAACAUAGGCCGCCAGGGAGAAGGGCAGGAGAAGGCUGAGGCUGUUGCUGCUGAGGAGGACGAGGAGGAGGAGGAGGAAGAGGAGGGAGAUGAUGAUGAUGAUGAGGAGGAGGAGGAAGAUAAAGAGGAAGGGCCUGUUCUCAAGGACGCAGAAACAGACACACGCUUCAUCACCUUCGACAAGUGCAAGAGGACCCACGAGUGCCAGGUGGCCGGAGGAUCCUGCAGGACGGAGCAUUGCACCAGGUGGGAGCAAGAGCUGAAAGGUGGCUGUAGUGGACCGUACUGCCGAUGCUGCGCGCCCAAGCCUGAAGAAUGCAUCACAGACUACAGGUGUACCGACGUGGGAGGCAUCUGCAAGGAUAAAUGUGGCGCCAGCGAGCAUGUCUCAUUGACGGCGGCGUGUCCUCUCAAGGGGUGCUACUGUUGUGUACCCAGCCAGCCAGUCUGCACAACUGACUUCUACUGCAUGAACGGCGGCGGCCAGUGCAAGGCGAAGUGCGCCGACAACGAGAAGCAUAUCAAUGAGCACUGCUCCGGGAGUGGCUGCUACUGCUGUGCCCCGGUGGAGGAGGUGUGUACGACCAGCGACAAGUGCAAGUGGGAAGGCGGCGAGUGCAAGGAGAGAUGCAGCUUCCACGAGGACGAGGUAGACAACGCGUGUACGGGCAAGAACUGCUGGUGCUGCGUGCCGAAGAAGGAAGAGGAGUGCGUGGCCGACUACAAGUGUGAGAACGCCGGCGGCACGUGCAAGGAUAAGUGUGCUUCCAACGAGGACGAGAUCGUGAGUGGCUGCUACGGAAAGGACUGCUGGUGCUGCGUGCCCAAGAAGGAGCCUGAGUGCGUGGAUGAGUGGUGCACGGAGUCAGGCGGCGUCUGUAAGGACAAAUGUAGCAGCAAUGAAGAGGAGAUCGACGGCGCUUGCAAGGGACCCAACUGCUGGUGCUGUGCCCCCAAGGUGGAAAAGUGCGUGAGGCUCCCCAAGUGCAAGAAGAGGGGAGGCAAGUGCAAGGAUGCCUGUCUGCCCAACGAGAGAGCCGUGAAGAAUGGGUGUGACGGCAAGGACUGCUGGUGUUGUGUGCCCAAGAGGUGCAAGAACAACCGUCGCUGUGACAAGUUCAACGGCAAGUGCAGUAAGGAGUGUGACCUCACCUGGGACCAGAUCAUCCGCAACGGGUGCUUCGGGACUGACUGUGAAUGCUGCGCCCCGAAAGGUUGCAUCAUCACGGGCAGGUGUGCGCGUCACGGAGGUGUGUGUCGCAGCAAGUGCCGCCACGGUGAGGCCGCUGACGAGUACGGUGGCUGCCUGGGCAAGGACUGUUUGUGCUGCGUGCCCGAGUACAAAGCAGCUGAGCUUAACCAGGACAAGAACUUCGACCUGUUGGACUAUUAAACCAGCCUUAUUACCUGUGAUCAACCAUCUAUAACCUGCCCUCACCUGUAAAUUGGAGCUGCCACCUGAAAACAUCUGAUAAAUGUCACCCGCCAACUGUAAUUACACCUGGAAGAAACUAUAGCUAUCACUAUAUACAAUGAAUGCUUCUUGCGUCCACCUGUGACUACCUGGUAACUUUGAACACAUGCACCUGUAUUUAUCUGUACCUUUAAACACCUGGCAUAUGUCUAACAUCCCCUGUACAAAUACCUGAGGACUCUUGCCUGCGACCAACAACCUGUUAACACCUGGUACUUUGAAACACCUGAUUCCUAAUCCAUUUUACCUGUUAAUUAACUCUUGAUCUAAUGCAUGUAGGCAGUCACCUAUAAACACGUGAGGCCUCUAACCUGAACAGUGAACACCUUUAAUACCUAAGGCUAUGCUUACUAAUUUAUUAACAGUUACCUCUUUGCAGUUGCACAGUAGAGUUGACUUCCCCUGUAGGUGAUAGGUGACACUAAGCUUCCUAUUUCUAAAUAGUUUCAUGGUCCUUGAUAUUUAUUUCCGUGGCACCGACUAUAUUUUAGGGGAUGAGUGGCAUUAAACUCCUUUUCUAAGUGAUUGAAUGCUAGGUGAUCCUUUUUUCCUGGCAUUUAGUUCUAUACAAAACAUAUCUGGAGUCGUUUAAUUUAUUUAUUCAUUUAUUUAUUUACUGUUUA